UGGCCAUUUUCUUAAAACCACGGAAAUGCCCUGGCCUACGCUCGGUCCUUUUCAUCUGUAUAAGCAGGUCAAUAUAGUCGGUUAUACGUCAAGUGUUAAAAAUAUUCGCCUGCUGUAUUUAUUCGCGGUAUCACGUGAUUAAGUGAGAGUGAGGGUGGAGUAAAUCAGAAAAGCAGCAGCUGCUCGUUAUUGGUACACAAGGAAACAGUGAACUGAGCGAACUGAUCCGUGGAGGACACAUAACCACAGUGCAUUGGGUGGAAGAGGUGAAAAGGACAAGCCAUGGAUCUGUCUUGGGACCUGAGUAACAGUAGCAGUGUCAUCGGAAUCAGUAAAGGAUUCCUCCUGCAUGAUCUGGGGGAUGGCGGUCAACGUGUAUUCUACCUCAAUAACCCAGGAGACUAUGAGCAGACAUGACAUCACGGCCUGGGUCAAUGACAUUGUCUGUCUAAACUAUACUAAAGUGGAGCAGUUGUCCUCGGGAGCAGCCUAUUGUCAGUUCAUGGACAUGCUUUUUCCUGGCUGCAUCAGUCUGAAGAAGGUCAAGUUUCAGGCCAAACUGGAGCAUGAGUACAUUCACAACUUCAAGCUGCUGCAGGCUUCCUUCAAGAGGAUGAAUGUGGAUAAGAUUAUCCCUGUGGAGAAGCUGGUCAAAGGCCGAUUUCAGGAUAACCUAGAUUUCAUCCAGUGGUUCAAGAAGUUUUUCGACGCCAACUACGAUGGCAAGGAGUAUAAUCCAAUUCAGGCCAGGCAAGGCCAAGAUGCCAUUCCUCCCCCAGACCCCGGUGAACAGAUCUUCAAUCUGCCGAAGAAGUCCCACCACGCAGCGAGCUCCCCCACAGCAGGAGCAACCAAGUCAAGUUCAGCCACUAAACCCUCAACACCUUCAUCAAGACCCUCAUCCGCUAAAAAGAUCCCUCCACCCUCAGCCCCUGCCAAAGGAGAGAAGGAACUGGAGGCACAGGUUACACAGCUCAAUGAGCAGGUGAACACAUUAAAACUUGCAUUAGAAGGCGUGGAAAAGGAAAGGGACUUCUACUUCGGGAAGCUGAGAGAGAUUGAGCUGCUGUGUCAGGAACAGGGUCAAGACUGUGCUCAGUUAGUGCAGCAACUAAUGGAAGUGCUCUAUUCCACGGAAGAGCAGGAGGGCGCGGGUGACCCGGGGGACGACCCCGAGCAGCAGGCCCCAGAGGAGGAGCCCCAGCCGCAAGAGGAGUACUGAGCACCGGGGCCACUGGAGCAGCGCCGAGCGCUGCCAUCACACCCCGCCCUCCGUUACCGUGGGAACUGUUUUUCAGCUUUCAUUUUUUAUCAUCAAUUUUUUUUGUCCUGAGGAUUGAGCACAUAAGCACCCCCUUCUAUGCCCCCCCCCCCACUGUUCAGCAUCGCUGUGCUUUUGUGACAGUUCAAGUACUGCACCCCGUUAUUACCGUUUUGACAUGUAAGCAUCCUGCUCUGGCCACCGCUGACUGAUCCCAGGACAGUAAGGGCAAAGCACUCCGGUGUGGAGAAGAUUCAUUCAGAGCUCAGGUAUGAGAAAAUGUGGUAUUUAGGUCAGUUAGUUUGUAUUUGUGUGAACACUACCUGCUUCUUUCCAAUCGAUUACUGUGUGCUUUGAAGUUUCAUUUUUACCUUGUUGGAUUUGACAUAUCAGCUCUAUUGUGUUAAAAUGCAAUAAGCAUAGCCCUGAAAAGUAUUUUCUUUUUUAAACCUCCAACUUUACUUCCAUCACAACAAUUUAACUUAUACUAUACUUUACAUAAAAAAUGUUUAAAGUAUAAUGCUUACAGAAUGUUGUGAAUGAAGUGUACAUUUGAUUAGGUUAUGUUUCCACAUGAAGGGAGAAAUGCUGCAGUGUUUAUGAAUCAGGAAUUCAACUUAGUUUGUAAGUAAAACAUUCAUUUUGUGACUGUCAUUGAAAAUUCCAAGGAAUUGAAAAAUCGGUGAAUUCAUGUAGACAAUAUAUGCUUAUAGUUAAAGGCAUUCUAUGCAGGAUUUUUAACUUGAAAAGAUGAUAAAAUAACUAUGCUCAGUCAUCUGUGAUACACUGGCAAUCUGUCUUUGCACACGUUUGCCAAAUCCGUGCUCCUCUGCCUUUGUGUGAUCUUCUAAGAUGUGUUCGGCACAUUUCUGGCCUGAAGCUUUUUUUUGUGUGUGGGGAAGGAUGGGUGGGUGUGAGAUCAGGGGUGUUUCUGAAAAUGUUUUCCCGUGAACUCGUUUAACUAACAAAUGACCCACGAUUCAUUGAGAAAUGGUGGACGAACAAGCCAGGCUCACUAACAGGUUCUUAGUUUAAAAUUUUCUGCAAUGAAUGUGAAUUUAGUAUUUCUGAGAACGAAAAUGAGCUGAGAAAUUUGUGUUAAAAUUGCUGAAUCUUGUCUAGUUUCAAAUAUAGCUACACCGUAUAACUAAGGUUAGUGACUUGGCUUGGCUAACUCAUAGCCAGUACUAGCGUCUGUUGUAUAAUGCUGGGCCGCCUUCAACUUGAGGCAAACGGAGUUGUUUGUUGCAGUCAAGACUGACUAUGUUAGUUUGAGCUAUUUGAAAUUAUCGAAACGGGUUGGCACUAGAUGGCUGCACUCUUAGUAACGGUUACCGGUUGCAGUAAGUAACGUUAUACAUCUGUGUGGAUAGAAAGCAAUUGUUAAUCAUGCUAACUAAAUACAUUAGCGAGAGGUCAGUGGAGGAAAGCUGCAUUUUGUUCACUUUCAUAUUUUGAGUCGGCUACAAUUUGUCUUUAGGAACGAAACUAUACCCCAAACCAUGUUAAAGCUGCCUAACAAAGAAAUUGGAUACACCGGGCAGGGGAGGCUGCUGUUUUGUAGCGGUAGCGUAUCCGCACGUCACAAGCAAGCAUUGCAUCUCGAAUGCAUAUGCCACCAUUAUAGCACUUGGCAAGAACGUACUUCCGAAGAACACACCUAGGUUCCUUUGGAGUGUUUGUAGCUAGCUAGCUACUACAAUGGUGCAGAUUAAGAAACAUAAGUACAACGAGAAGAAAGGACAAGCCAGCAGGGCUCGUUCAAAAAAAAAAAUCAUAGUCAAACAUGGAACUGCUUUAUCUCCAUGGCGGCAGCUAUCGAAAAACAUAGAAAUACAAACCAUGUAAGAACGGAUAUAAAAUGUAAAAACAAGUGAGUGGGCAGGGUUGAGGACAGAGGAGAAAUCUCUGAUUGUAAACACAGGACCACAGCAAGGCUAGAAAUCCUGCAUUGUCUGCCUAUAAUUUGAAACCACAGCUAUAGAGAAAGUUCAUACCGGUCCAUUCACUGGGAAUUUGACAUAGUACAGUAUUCCAGUACAUUGUAUUACUACUUUCCUUGAUUAUGCAUUUACUAUUACUAAACUCAAUAGCUCACCGUAAUGCUUUUGUCAUAUAUUAUGUGUAAAAUGAAAAGGAAUGUAAACAAAUGUACUGUUUAUAGUUAUAAAUAGCAAAAAGAAAAAAAUAUUGGGGAUUCCUUAGACGUCUUACUGUCUCACUCGUCAUGCGCUCCCCACAAUUUGUUGCAUGUUAGCAUUGGUAAUUUUGUCUUCGAUUAUUAUGUGAAUAACUUGACCUGCUUUUAUCUUUUUACAUAUUUAAUAAAAACUAUGUUAAGUGAGCUGUGUUUUGUACGUUUAACCUGCCAUUUCAAAGCUGAGGAGAUUUGGGUGGAUUUGCUAUAAUAAAAACCUACACCUUUGAUUGAAGAAUGAAAGUAGCAGCUUUA